AUGGAAGCCCGGCUGCAGGCGCAGCUUGUGCGAGAGAAGGAACUGCGUGAGUCGCUGGCGCGGGAGCUGGCGGAUGCCAAGAUCGAGCUGGCGCAUGCUGAGGGCAAUCUGCGUCUCAAGGUCGAGUGCGACAAGCUGCUGAUGGACGUGCGGACGCUGAGCAGCGAGAAGCAGGUGGUGACCGAGGCUGCGGCGCGGGCAGAGGCUGAGGCUGCGCGGUUGGCGGAGGAGCUUGCGGAGAAGGCGCACGUGCUGGAUCUUGCGCGCGAGCAGAACGCCAAGCUGGUGGCGCUGGUCAACGAGACCAACGCGCAGCGGCUCGCCAAGAACCAGGAUCUCAUCACACGCGAGGACGAGCUUGAGACGGAGCUCCACUCGUACUACGCCACGCUCAAGGAUCGCGAGGCGACGAUCAAUGGGCUGGAGGAGGAACUUGCGGCGCUCAACGGGGUGCGCGACGAGCGCGACUCGCUGCGAGUGGCGGUGAAGGACGCGGAGCGCAAGAUUGCUCGGAUGCACGAGCGAGCGGAGGAGGCAAAGACGGAGAACGAGCGUCUGACGGCUGCGGUGGCGACAGCGCGCGAGCAGUUGGAGCCGCUUGCGCGCGAGCGUGAUCGCGCGCGUCGCGAGCUGACCUCGGCCACCCGCGAGCUCAAGUCUGUCCGGGCGCGGGCGGCGUCGCUCGAGAGCCGGUUCGAGGUGCUGCAGCAAGAGGAGACCAAGGAGCGGGCCGAGCUGGCAUCACUGCUGGACGAGGCGUCGUCGCUGCGGGAGCACUACGAGGACUCGAUCGCCAACUACGUGGUCGAGCUGGAGAAGCUGCGGCAGGAUGUACCGCUACUCGAGGCCGAGAAAGCGAUCCUGCAGACCAAACUCGCCGAGUUUGAAGCGGAUCUGGUGUCCGAGGUGGCGCGGUCGGGCGACGACCAUGCGGCGCUGCUGGAGACGCGCAAGGCGCUGGGCGAGGCGACUACGCUCAACGACUCGCUGCUGAGCCAGCUGCGCAAGGCCAACGCCGAGGUGGAGCGACACACCCGGCUGGCAUCGCGGUCCAAGGCGACGAUUUCGGAGCUGCGGCUCGAGGUGGCGCGGCUGGAACACGAGAAGCUGGAGGCCGAGACGGCGGCAGCGUCAGCACGGGCGGCAGCCGACGAAGCCAAGGCGCUCAAGGACCAGGCGCUGGCCAAGGUCACCAAUCUGACGACCGAGUACACGGCGGCGCUCGACGCCCGCAACGCGGCUGAGCACAAGAUCAACGCGCUUCGGCUGGAGCUCUCGCUCAAGUCUGCCGAGUCGACGACGCGCGACACCGAUCUCGGCGUGCUCAACACAUCCAUCUCCGAGUCACGGUCGGCACUCAAGUCGAUGCACGACAUGAACAUCUCGCUCGAGCGCGACGUAGACGCCAUGGCUUCGGAGCUUGCACACCGGCGCGACCUCCUCCGCGACGCCGAGAGCAAGGUGGCCGAGCUGGAGGCUGCAGUUGAGGCUGCCGAAGGACGGGCGGCUGCUGCCGAGGCGACGGCCGACGCCGCCACAACAGCCGCGGCCGACGCCGAAGCCAAGGCCGCGGCCGACGCAGCGUCGGCCGAGCGCUUUGCCGCCAAGCUCGACAGUGCCAAGGCCGAGGCCAAGGCGCUGCUGGAGGAAAAGGCUGUGCUUGUCAACCAGAUUGCCGAGCUCGAGGAGGCUGCGGCGUCGCUGCAGCGGACGUCGCAGUCGGCGCUCGAGGUCGAGCGGUUGCAGUCGUCGGUUGCGUUCCUCGAGGGCGAGGUGGCGGCGCUCGAGAGCCGCAACGCUGAGCUGGUGGCCACGGUCGACGAGCUGACCGGCGAGCGCGAUGACGCGGUCGACCUCAACUCGUCGUACGCGCUUGAGGCCGAGAUGGGCGAGCCGCUUGACGCGGCUGCGCUGCGGGCGCAGCUCCGUGAGGAGCUUGACGCUGACUUUGCGCAGCAGCGCGUGGCGUACGAGGCACAGAUCGAGCAGCUUGAGGCUUCGGUCUCUCGCCUCCGCGCCGACAUCGAGACGUACCAGACUUCCAUCGACGAGCUGGUCCAGGAGUCACAGGCCAAGGCCAAGGAGGACGAGGCUGAGUUGACCCACAACAAGCGCCAGGUUCGUGAGGCCAUGCUCGAGGUCGAGGCUGUCAAGGCCGACCUCUCGCACACGCAGACCCGGCUCGAGUCGGAAAAGAUCCGCGUGGCGGAGCAGCUCGAGGCCCGCGAGGAGCUCGAGACCCAGGUGGCCGCGCUCCGCGAGGACCUCGCCGCUGUCGACACGCUCAAGGCCCAGCUCGAGGCAACCAAGAGCGAUCUGGCCAUGGCCUCCAAGCUCCGUGUCGAGGCCCAGGCCCGCGCACUUGCUGUCGAGACCGAGCUCAACUCGCUCAAGCGCACUGCCGCCGCGCUCGAGACAGCAUCGUAG